AUGCUAUCAAAUAUUCAAUAUUGGGAACAAUUUAUCGUAUAUUUUUUUAUAUUUCUUAAACCAGUAUCUAAUCAAGGCUUAGCCUGUUAUAAAUGCAUGACAACAAAUGCAGAAGAUGAUGGAUGUCGAGAUCCAUUUUCGUCAUUAAUUAAUCCAGUACAAGUUAAUUGUCAGGCAACAUCGGUAGGCAAAAAUGGAACAUUUCCGGCUCGAUUUUGCGUUAAAAUUAGUGGUCGUAUUUUGGGUAUUGACGAUGGUGGGAACAAUUCUUUUUUAAAUACUAUUAUCUAUUAUCGAACAUGUGUUGUCGAUAAUAUUAUGGAAUCAACAAAAUCAUUAGAAUCAUCAGGCAAUUUUCGUUUAAAAAAUUUUCCAGAUAUGUCUGGUUCAAUUCGUCUACAAGGUGUCAUGUCACUUUGUGCAUUUGAUGGUUGUAAUUCUGCACAAACUCAUAUAUUUUCAUUAUCAAUUAUUCUUACUGAAUUGUCAGUUCGUCGCACAUCAGCAAGUUCAGCAGAAGAUUUUUCUGGUGAUAAAUAUUCUUCAUCUAAAGCAAGAAAUCAAAACACUCAUACUACAUCAGAAGUGCCGUAUGAUACAACUGGAAAAAUUGAUUCAAAUGAUACUCAUAAGAAUGAUUUCGAUUCAACUUUUGAUACAAAAUCAUGGUUUACUGAUGGAAAUUCUGAUCAGAAACAAUAUGUGUAUCAUGAUUGA